CUAGCCUUACGCAUUAUACCUUGCCCCCUGGGCCAGGGGCGGACUGACCAUUUGGAAACUUGGGCACUGCCUGAGGGCCUGGGGUCAGUAGGGGGUCCCAUGAGAUGCCCCUGGUACCUUUUUCAUAGGCUUUUUUGAGUUUGGGCAUGGACACAGGGGCCCCAUGAUCCCCUAUUGCCUGGGGGCCCCAUGAGUUGUCAGUCCGCCCCUGCUCCUGGCCCUUUAUUUCAUAACCAGAUCACCACCUGAGGUUUGUUAAGGCACUGCAAGCUCCUGUUUUCUCAUUGCUC